AUGGAGAUCAGCCCCAGCUACAUGGCGUUGAUAACAGCACUGUUCUGGGGAGCCUUUGUGACCGGGCGGAUUCUCAUGACAAUAAUCUCCAUCUUCGUUCGUCAGAUCUGGAUUAUAAUAGUCUGCUAUAUUGGCUUGUUUUCAGCAUCAAUACUGCUUAUUGUUCUCGGACGAGAAAGUGAGGUUUGUCUCGCAGUUGUCACGGCCUUCUUUGGAUUUUUCUGUGCACCUUUCUCCGCUGUGAGCUUCUCGUGGACCAGGGAACAUGUGAGGUUGACGGGAUUUGUAAUAGCACUAGGAAGUGUUGGGGAAUACACAGGGGCCAUGGUGGGCCCCUACGUGGGUGGUGUGCUUAUGGGGACGUACGGUUCGGAUGCCUUUCUGUACGUUGUGCUGGGUAUUGUGACCUACCAGUUUUCUAUAUUUUGCUGCUUCUACGUCAUAAGUAAAUACAUCCUGGAGAAAAGGGAUGUCAAAGAGCGCCAAGCCCUCAGAUGUUUUGUUUGGUGCUUACUGCAUCACUCAACAACUGACGAUGGUCUAGUUGACGACAGUCUAGAUGACGAGGGUCUAGUUCACGACAGUCUAGAUGACGACGGUCUAGUUGACGACGGUCUAGAUGACAGUGGUCUAGUUGACGACAGUCUAGAUGACGAUGGUCUAGUUGACGACAGUCUAGAUGACGAUGGUCUAGUUGACGACAGUCUAGAUGACGAGGGUCUAGUUGACGACAGUCUAGAUGACGAUGGUCUAGUUGACGACAGUCUAGAUGACGACGGUCUAGUUGACGACGGUCUAGAUGACAGUGGUCUAGUUGACGACAGUCUAGAUGACAAUGGUCUAGAUGACGAUGGUCUAGAUGACGACAGUCUAGUUGACGACGGUCUAGAUGACAGUGGUCUAGUUGACGAAGGUCUAGAUGACAAUGGUCUAGUUGACGAAGGUCUAGAUGACAAUGGUCUGGUUGACGACGGUCGAGAUGACAGUGGUCUAGCUCACGACGGUCUAGAUGACAAUGGUCUGGUUCACGACAGUUUAGAUGACAAUGGUCUAGAUGACGACGGUCUAGUUGACGACGGUCUAGAUGACAGUGGUCUAGUUGACGACGGUCUAUAUGACAGUGGUCUAGUUGACGACGGUCGAGUUGACGACAGUCUAGUUGAUGACAGUCUAGAUGACAAUGGUCUGGUUGAUGAUGGUCUAGAUUACAAUGGUCUGGUUGAUGAUGGUCUAGAUGACAAUGGUCUGGUUGAUGAUGGUCUAGAUGACAAUGGUCUGGUUGAUGAUGGUCUAGAUGACAAUGGUCUGGUUGAUGAUGGACUAGAUGACAAUGGUCUAGUUGAUGAUGGUCUAGAUGACGACGGUCUAGAUGACAAUGGUCUGGUUGAUGAUGGUCUAGAUGACAAUGGUCUGGUUGACGGUCUAGAUGACAAUGGUCUAGUUGACGACUGUCUAGAUGACGUCGGUCUAGUCGUACAGCUGUAAUACUGCUGAAACAAAUAUCUGCUCAUGCUAUAGUCACAAUUGUACAAUCGACUGCUUAUUUCUUAUCAAUGUGGAAAGAGUUGGACUACUAGACCCAUUUACACCUUGCCCACCAUGAAGGUUUGCUAAGUUUCUAAACUUAGGUACGAGGUAGAUUAACAUUUAGUCACUGAUAUGAACAUCUGUCAUAUAUUAGAGAUAAAAACUGUUCCUAAAUUAUAUUCAUAAAGUAUAAUAAAAAUCAGACCAGAAAAAAAAUGUCUAAACUUUUAUAAAGUAGUAAAGCUGCCACACGCUUUAAUAUAAUCAAGAAUGACACUCUGAACUUCAUGGCGAACAAUCUUCCCUGGGCACAAGAGUCCAGCCAAUGCAAUGUCAAUAUAGAGAGCUGUAAGAGAUUCCACCAUCGCCGUACGUUGAUUACAUAUGUUUGGCAAUGCAGUAAAUGAUGCACCACAUUAUCCAGCUGAUUACACACUGAACAAUUCACAGAAAUAUCUUUAUUAAUAAUACUAAGAUAUACACCAAGACCACAAUGACCAAGACGAAGUCUAGUUAAAAGAACUCCUCCUUCCCGAUUGUUUCGAGAUGCAUGUGAUUUCGACAGAAAAGGUUCAAUGCCAUACAGAAGGCGUCCUUUUAAGGAUGAUGCCCAUCUCUGUUGCUAUUUUGUUAGCUGGAGAAGGUAAUAUAGUCUCAUCCUGUUCUGAUACAUCAACAUCUAAAGCAGCUAUUACCAAUUUAUCAGCUUUUUCAUUUCCAAGAAGUCCAACAUGAACAGGUAUCCAUGAGAAUUCAACAUCUAAAAGAUCAUCAGUUAAAUCAUUAAAAAGGACGAGUAAAAUGGUGAUUAAGUCCUGCCUCGCUGAGGGAAAAAACCUGCCCGAAUUGCUUGUAAAUCGCUGAAAAUGACCCCUACAGGUCUUAAAAAAUUAAUACAACGUAAUGCUUCAAUGAUUGCUGCAUGUGCAGCAGAAAAUACUGACAAGUGAUCGGAAAUGUCUCUGUUUUCAUUAGCAAUGAAGAUACCGGCACCAACACGACCGGACACUGGGCACUCAGACUCAUCAGUAUGAAUCUGCAUAGCAUUGAUCCACUGUAAACUUCGCAUGUUUCUCGGCUAUGGCUUCAACGCGAGAUGCUGCCUCAGAUUUAUUUACCUGUUCCAGUAUGUCAAAAUAAACCUAUGGAAGUUCCAAGAACCAUGCUGGCUUCUUAAGCGCAACAUAAAUAUCAUCUAUGGCAAUAUCACGUGCAGCAUGAUGGAAGCAGUUCUCUGAGAACGCAUUCUCUAAGGCCCCAUACCUUUCCAAGGUUCUAGAAAAUAUUCAACGCAUUCUUCCAACACAUUUGACGCAUUUUUUAACUCCAAAAGAUUACAAUUUUAACAUAUGUAUAACUCUAACCAGUUCACGUCUGAGAUUUAAAGGCAUUUCACCCGGUUCAUCUUGUAAAGUCUGAGCAGAGGUUGUUCUGAACGCUCCAAGACAUAUUCGAAGGGCUUAUUACUGGACAACAUCUAGUCUUGCUUUUUGUGUGGCACAGCCGAAAUCAAGUUGGGGUCUAAUGAGGGCACGAUAUAACAGUAAUAAACACUUCCUGUCUGCACCCCAUUUGGUACUGGAAAUACUUCUCAGAAGGUUCAGGACUUUAUUGCACUUCGGAAUCAGAUAGUCUAUGUGAGGUUUCGAGAUAAGCCUCUUAUCAAACCAUAGUCCCCAAAAUUUGACUUUAUCCAUGUGUGGAUCUCUGUCUGAUCUCCUGGAGAAACAUGCAUCUGCUGUUUCCAAGACAGUGCGUUGUAGGCCAAGCAAUGCUUGGUAUUGUGACGAAAUACGAACUGCUAAACAAUCUCGACGAAUUGCGGAACGAAGAUGGCGCAAAUCAAGGCUUGAUGUUCAUAGAGAACUCUGCAAGCUGGAGCGCAACAUUGUCAAGAAUAUUAUUCGUUCUGCUAAGAAAAUGUUUCACGAUGAAACUAUCUUGUCUGAUCUAUGCAACCCCAAGCCUCUGUGGUCUCACAUGUUGGGACGAGAGAAAGACUAUACACUUCCUGAUGCUGAAAGGGAUGCCGCAUUGGCUGAUGAGUUCAACAUUUGUUUUUAACAGACAGGGUAUCAUCUGUCGUGAGAAGCUUUACACCGACUACUGACACUCAAUUAACCAACGAGCAAGUCCCUGUAUGUCCUGAGUUCAGUGAAUUUCAACCUUUGACAGAUGAACAGGUCCUACAUUUGAUCAAUGACUCUAAGCCCACCACAUGUGAACUGGACCCUUUUCCUUGUAGUGGAUGUCUUCCUACCAUAACCGGGAUCAUCAACACCAGUCUGGCAAGCGGGUCUGUACCACAGUCUUUUAAGAAAGCAUCUGUCACAUCCAACUUGGACAAACACAUAAUGAAACACUAUCGACCUGUUUCUAAUAAUCUUUUUUUGGUCAAA